AUUCCAAGGAGGCUGCAGUUCGUUACCUUCCACGCCGACCUGCCCUUUCCCAAGCCUCAGUACCUUCGCAUACGGACGACUCGCUGUUGCGUCGCCCACAGAUCUAGGGCCGCAGGGUACGUCGAUCGUGCACUCCUUGGGAUGGACGAAACACAGCUCUUGGUCAACGACGGCGCAUCU